CAAGCAAUAGGAUCACCAACAGACGAGUGAUAAUUGCUACCACUAUUUGUCGUAUACGACCCCGUGAACCAACAACUACGAAAGACAACAAAGUUUUCAGCGGAGACAUUGUCGUCGGAGCUGAUGGAAUCCACAGCACGGUCAGGAAGGAGAUGUGGCGACAUGCGCCAACCGGAUAUUUCCCCUUGGACGAGGAAUCCAAGGUUCCUGCCUCCACUCUGUGCGUGUUUGGAAUCUCUCAUAGGCCGGAGGCUUACCCCAGAGCCAAUCAGCACAACACAAUGUCCCCUGGCCACAGCUAUUUCGUAAUGGCUGCGCCUGGAGACCGUGUCUACUGGUUCUUGUUCAUGGAGUUGAAGACUCUCCAUGGCAGAGAUAUUCCGAGGUACACCAAGGCCGAUGAAGAGAGCAUCAUAAAGCAACACUGGAACGACCGUAUCCUCGAAAAUAUGACACUGGGUGAUCUCUAUGAGAGACGUAUUGCUACGACGCUUGCACCACUCCAAACCUAUGUUUUUGAAAAGUGGCACUACAAGAGGGCCAUCGCUAUUGGAGAUUCUGCACACAAGGUUGAUCCCGUCACGGGCCAGGGAGGCAAUGGAGCAAUCGAGUCAGCUGCGCAUCUGGUCAACGCCUUGUUGCGUAACCUUGACCAAACCCCGGAUGGUCUCAAUGAGAAGCAGCUGGAGAGCGUAUUUGCUGAGGUGCAUGCCAAACGCUUUGAACGUGCUCAACACAUCGUCAAACAAGGCUACUGGCUCCAGGACGCCUUUACCCUGCGAACCACCAUGGGCAAGCUGAUUGCGCGCAACUUCAUGCCUUACUUGGGCUCUUUCGGAGUUGUCUACAGAGGCGUCGAAUUUUGUGCGCCUGCAACCAAGUUGAAGAGACUGAAGGUACCUCAUCGCCCUCGAGCAGUGUUGUUCGAGGACGAGUUGCCAGCGAAGCCUCUCAAGAGCUUGAGCAGUUUGAAAAAAGCUCCUGUCUGUCGCAUUCGUCUGCAUGCUCUGUGCUAUAGCGGCAGGGGUGCUGCGUCUGCCAAAGAAUCUCGAGACCUUGGUCGAUAUCCUGUGCUCUUCCACCCGUGGAGAUGCGUCGAUGUUGCCGGCUAUCGAGUUCAUGACGAACACCGCCUCGCUCUCGCAUUGGCCGACUUAAACCGCGUGGGUAAUCAGCUGAUAUCUGUGACCUUCAUCGUCAUUUUUCACCAUCUUCAACAACACACUCGGCCCAGGUGGCUUUGCCCCAAUCUCAUGCCUCUUUGCCCACUGGUCUUGCAACUCCAUCGUCGGCAGACACGUUCCCCUCGAAAACGCCAAGAGAGUGUUGCCCAUCACGGCCGCGGGGUAUCUCCUACCCGCAGCCGUCGCGCUGUAUCGACAGGACGCAAACUCAAUCAACGUCUGGCGCAAUGCGCCGAUCCUCUGCUUCAUGUUGGCCAGGAGUCUUUCCGUGUUUGGAACACAGUCCGGAUCUUAGCAACUUGAGAACGAAGAGUCCAAGCUGCAGAGCACGAGAGAAAAGUCCCGGAACAUGUUUGCCAAGGCAGAUCUCCCGGUUCUUGGCCUCGUCUACUACU